CGCAACCAGCCACGCCCUCCCCGCUGUUUGAGUCCAGAAGACGUCGGCGCAGCUCAGAGCCGCAUAGUAGACAUUAUUCUUCAGAUCAUCUGAAAACAUUCGUGUUUUUUAACAUGGUUUGUGGCGGUUUCACGUGUUCGAAAAACGCCCUCUGUUCUCUGAAUGUUGUUUACAUGCUGGUUGGGCUCCUGCUCAUUGCAGUUGCAGCAUGGGGGAAGGGUUUCGGCUUGGUGUCGAGCAUCCAUAUCAUCGGCGGCGUCAUAGCAGUGGGCGUCUUCUUGCUGCUCAUCGCCAUCGUAGGACUCAUCGGAGCAAUACACCACCACCAAGUCAUGCUUUUCUUUUACAUGGUAAUCCUGUUCAUUGUUUUCCUGUUCCAAUUUGGAGUUUCCUGUUCCUGCUUGGCAAUGAACCAAGGACAGCAGGUGGUUCUUCUCAACUCCACCUGGGGGAUGUUGGAGAAUAAUACCAAGACAGAUCUGGAGAGCCAGCUCAACUGCUGCGGGCUGCUGAACGUCUCUAACAGCAGGCCACAGUUUGAAGCAGACUUGGAAAACUGUCGUGCUCCAUGCAAAAAGCAAGGUGACUGUUCGACCUGUGGGGAUAAGAUGCUGAAUCAUGCAACAGAGGCUCUGAAGAUCCUUGGAGGCGUCGGGCUCUUCUUCAGCUUCUCAGAGAUCCUGGGAGUGUGGCUCGCUGUGCGCUACAGGAACCAGAAGGAUCCACGAGCAAACCCGAGUGCUUUCCUAUAGUCUGUUCCACGCGUCCUUUCUUCAGACACCCUGGUACAACACAGAUUACCACACACACACCCAGAGGCAGACAUUUAAAGCCACAGCAUCCACAACAACACACACGCACAACGGAUGAGCGCACUCAGCACCUGGCCGACACUGAGAAACAAAAUGUACAACCGUACUGGAGACUCAGAAACUACAACAACCUUCUCAGACCUGGAGACUCGUGCAUGAACGGAUGACUGGUGACACUGGUGAGUUCUACUGGUUCAGCCUUGAUUUGAGUCCCAGAGGUUCUGAAUGCAAUCUGCUAAUAAGAGGUCAUGAGAGAUUUCUGCAUGUGCACCCAGAUAAAAAUCUCCUCCCACACACCAACCAAUGACUCUAGAACUAAUAACCUGUAUGCACCUUGAAAUGUUCCUCUUGUCUCUAGUUUAGUGCCACCAUGUAACGGCUAAUGUUCCCCUCUGCUCACUGCUGUCAGUGAUAUGCACCUAACCUGUCCGUUGUGAUGAGGAGAAACAAGGCCCUGUAUUGGAGUGGUGGUGUAAAGUGGUCCUUGAACCAUGUGUAAUUAUUUUUGCUCCCCACUCGUUGCAGAUGUUGGGAGUUUAGAAGAUAGAUUUUAGGUAACCGUUGCUAGUCAUUCAGUUAGUUUCAGGUGUUUGUGAACUGUAACUGAGCCAGCUAACUUAUCAGUCAGCGACAUUCACAUGCCACAGACUGCAGCCUUGAUGUUGUACAUAUUCUUAUUUAAAAUCCUGUAGCUCAGAAAUUUGCAGAAGUAGUCGACCAUGCUUCCCUGUGUUUGACCCGUUCCUCUGUGUGGCACAGUGAUGAUGUGUAGUUUAGAUCCUGGUAGUAGAGAAGAGCAUUCUGGUACGGGCCGUGACCUUCUCUGCAACUGUAGGAAAUCCCACAGUGAAGCGUUUUAAUGUGUUUGUUUCAGGAGAAGAAAGAAAAAAGAAUUUUAGCCAAAGCGGCUUUUUGAAAAUCCGUUUUUUUCCUUUUAUUGUGUUAAUUGUGAUAAUGUGCUUCUUGUUGCAAUUUUAAAACCUUCGAGAACAACAACAACUCUUUAUUAGAGUUCAGUUUGUUUCUGUUGCCAUCAGUCUUUGUAUUCAUCAGUGUUACUCGCUUUGUAAAAAUAUACAAUAAUGCUUGUUAAAUAUUUUUGGAAUCUAUUUAAGAUUAGUGCACAUUAAGCAGAUGUUGAUAUAAUUUGACAUUUCCUGUUGACGGAUAAUUUUUAUUUUUCUCUUAUGAACUGAUUUUAACUUCAAGGACUAACAAGCUGUAAUGAAACGUCUUACUUGAACCCGUCUUCUUUGCUGAUGUGGAUUUCUUGCUGCUGGUUUGGGUUUCUCGUUGGUGUAAACAUUCAGACAGAUCUCAACGCCAUAUAUUACCUGUAUUCACUUUGAAUUUGUGUGCAAUUGUUAAUGAAAUGUAUGAAUUUUUGAGACUUAAUUUUCCAAAUAAUAAAACUUCAAAUUGGAAA